CCCGCCCUUUCUCUCCGCCGCGCCCGUGGGGAGCAGCAGCGCCCGGCGCGGCCCGCCGGGACCCGCCACGCCUCCUCGCCCGGCACCUGCUCGGGGCGGAGCGGCGGCGGCCGGAGGAGCGGCGGGAGGCGGCGGCGGCGGCUCCGGAAGCGGCCCCGUUGGCGCCUCAAGAAACUCAUAUAAACAUAUGAGAGAAGAUGACAAGGUCUAGAUCGAGAUCACCACGAUGGAAACAAAGGUCCUUAUCUCCAGCAUUUAGGAGUCCAGAGCACCAUAGGCAAAGGCAUGCUCAUGUUAAUUAUGACUGUGAAUAUAAAAGUUUUCGUAAGGACCCAAAGAAGCCUAUGCCUUGGAGAACAGAAGAUAAAAAAUACGGACAAAGCAAUUCCAGGUUUGCACCUCAUGGAAAUAACCACCAGAGAAUAUAUGAACGUAGGUCACCUUCACCAAACCUGAAAAGAAUUCCCAUGGAAGAUACUUACAGUCAUAAGCCCUACAGAACACAAUCUUCUGAAAGAACUGAAAGCAAUAGGAGAUGCCAGUUACCACCAAAAUACUCGGAAAUACCAUAUAAAGAGCAUGAUCGUCCGUUUUAUCACCACAAAAUGGAAGACAGAUACAUGUUUGAGCACUACAAAGCCACUGGAAAUGAAAAAAGAAUGAAAGCUUUUCAUAGACCAUUAGGGGCUUCAUGUAAACUUGAAAGAAAAUGGCAUGACGAUGACUUGAGGCACCAGAGGUUACAUGAAGAGAAGUAUGGUCAGUCACCCAGAAGAGUUUCUGAUGAAUUUACGGCAAGGAGCUCUUUACAGAAGAGGUAUCCUGAAGAUCACGAUUACAGAGAAUAUGGGCACACGUCUAAAAGGGCUAAAGAAAUGGAGAGGUAUGACGGUGGAGAAGUAGCAAGAAAUUCCAAGUGGAAGCAAGAACGUUCUUUUCCACCCUAUCAAGAAAAGGAGCAAAGAAAUCUGGGUGCCCAGUCCCACCGAUCGGCUGAAAGGGAGUACUCGGAGGGUUCUGUCACAAAGAUAGCCUAUGAGUAUGGUCACAAACGGCGCAGGCAUCUGGAUGGGGAAAAGCCUUUUUCAGAUGAUAGAGCUCAGAAGUAUGUGAAGCAGGAAGACCAGAAAUACAGUUCUUCUAAGGGUGCCCGGAAUAGCAAAGAGUUAGAUUACUGUAGCGGUGGAAGAGCGAGACGGACUGAAGAAGGGCAUGUCGAAGUACCAGUUAAAUAUAGUUCAAAGAAGGGCUGCAAUGCUUGUGUCAACUCUUCCAAAACAGAUGCCGAUACGAGAUCUUUUAAAAACAAACCGGAGGAAAGAGUAAGGAAAGAAGGGGAGUUCAGGAAAAAAGUAGAGUCCUCCGAUAGCCAGCAUGAUUCAAGUCAUACUGUUUCAGAUAUGAAAAUGUCAGAUGUCAACUGUAGGAGGGAACACCUCACAAUCAAAGUGGAUACAAAGAAAAUGGUGAACAAGUACAGGACUACUUCUAGUCAUACUACAGAGAGACAGAUGUCCCAUGAUCUGGUUGCUGUUGGGAGGAAAACUGAAAAUUUUCAUCCAGUCUUUGAGCACAUGGAAUCUGUAACACAAAAUGUUGAGAACGACCCAUCAAGAGAAUUUACUCAGGAAAUAAUCACAAUUAUCCAUCAAGUUAAAGCAAAUUAUUUUGCAUCUUCUGACAUAACUCUACAUGAACGGUUCUCAAAAAUUCAGGAUAAACCAAUUGCAAAUAUGAAUGAAGUUAAAAUAUGUUUGGAUCCAGAAAUACACAGGAGGAUUGACGUGUCUCUAGCAGAACUUCAGAACAAACGAACUGUGCCAUCUGAAUCUCCUCAGAACAUUAUCAGAGUGUCAGAAGAUCCAAAUGAUCUACGGCAUGAUAUAGAAAGGAGAAGAAAAGAGAGACUGAAGAAUGAAGAUGAGAGAGUGUUUCAUGUAGAUGGUGUAGCUCCAAGGAACCAGCAAAGCUGCAGUCUUUCAAAAUUACAAAACUCUCAACUCGAUGGUUUCCAAAAGCCUAUGAGGUUUAUUAAGCCACCUUUCAGGAAAUUCAUUGGGAAACCUCACCUGAAUUCUUACUAUUCUUCAAAACCAACUGAUACUUACCCUCACAGACGCAUUAGAGGACACCUUGAAAAUGCAGGACCCAUCAGAAGGCACUUUAAGAGCAGCUUUGCAGAUGGCCAUUUGCAAUCCCAUUAUAAAUCAGGCUUAGUACAGAAGGGUUUAUAUAUUCAGGCUAAGUACCAGCGGUUGCGUUCUGUUGGUGUAAGGGGAUUUACCACUAAUAAAUUUGGAGAUGGAUUUUUGAGGAAAGAAAAGGGAAAUUUAAAUAUUGCAGCAGAAACCUGAACUGAGCUCUGAUCCUGAAGUUGAAACAGAAUACACAGCAAAGGGAGCAUCUGUUCAUUUUUUGACAAAUUUGUCAAGACUUAAAAUAGGAUAAAGGAACUAACCCUGUAACUUUCUUGAUUAAAAAUAACUUUAUUUUUCAGUAGUGGAAUGCUGCGGAACUUUUUUACAGUUUUAAUAAUUGCUUUUAAAGUACAGUAUUCAACUGAACAUUAUAGUAUGUUCCUUUAGUUCCUUUUGCAUACCAGUCUUGAGAAAAGAAGUCAUUGAAGGGAGUCUUAUUUAUUGAAUACUUUUUCUCUAAGCAUGAUGUUACAGAUGGAACUUCAGUUGUUAUACCCAGAGGUUUAUAUGUUGAAAGUUUAUUGCUUAUGUACUUAUAAAAAAGGAAAAAAAAAAAAGUGCCUGAAUUGUUUGGUAAUAGCACAUUAGCUCAGGAUUUUCCAAGUAAUGACCUUUUAGGUUGUGCAAUAGAUUUUACACCUCUGUUCAGUCAUUUCCAUAAAACAGUAUUUUGUAUUACUUUAGUUUAAUAAUAUACUUGGGUUUCUGAUGUGUAUAUAUAUUUGUAAAUUGUUAGAAUGUUGGGACAACGUCCAGUAUUUGAUUAAAAUGAAUGGUAACAGGCAGGUAUGUAAUGUACUGUAGCAGUAGCUUAUAACUGCACCGAAAGCAUGCUUGGGUUUGUUAGAGGAUUAGUUGAUCUGUAUUCAAAAUUGUUCUGUCUCAUUAUGCUUUGGUGUAUGACAUUCUUGACCAAGCCACAUGUUCUCUAAUCUUUUUCGUCAUAAAUGAUUUGGUGAUUUCCUGGAUUCUGAAAUUGGGGCCUGAAGUAUUUAAUUACAAGAAAAACAAAAAACGUAAGUUUUUAUAAACAUGUCUUCUAACAAAGCUGUUCAUAAUUGAAACUGCUUUAACUGCAGAUAGCUUGUAAUUUUGUUCAAAAUGCCAGUAAUUCUCUGAAGUUUACUGUACUGCAAUAUUGUUAUGCUGUGUGCAAAACACAAAUAGCCAGACGUGUUUCAUAAGCAGCUAUAAAUAACAUUGUGCUUAUUUCCUGUCAAUAGCCUUGGCCUUAAUACACAAUAUACAAUAGGGUUGUGUGUAUGUAUUAGAUUUGUUUGUUCUUUUUAUUGCUGGUAAAUCAAAGAUGCAUAGCAAGUAGUUUUCAGAGAUUUUCUUAUUUAAGAAAAAAGUUGUUCACCAUAUCCACGAUAUGUGCAGGCUAAUGUAUUUCCAUCAGUUCCAAGACAGUGUUAGCCAUAUAGAAUGCAGGCUAGUCUCUGUUAUAGUAGAUUAGAAUUCUAAUACUGGGUGGACAUGUGUUCUGGGAAAAGGAAAUUCGGGUUUUGGGUGGAAGGUCAGGAUGUGAUUUCUGCAUGCUUUUUUGGUAAUGUUUUUUGCACAAUGCCUUCAGUAGAGACUGUUUGAAAGUGUAGGUAUGGCUCAGAACAGCCAAGAUAGUGUCAUUUAAGACCUGUGCUGCUUAGUGUUCAUAAGCGACAAGCUGGCAGGAAGUGUGCCACGCUCAUUGAUGUUGUGGUUAUUAAACAAUAACACCAGAUUGAUUGUUUCUAAACCCCAGGUUUUCAGUUUAAAUAACAAUCACCAAUGAUUCAACUAGUUUUUCAAUAACCGAUAUGCAUACACAAAACAAGAAACUAAAGGAAAAGGAAUUCCCUGGUCACAUAGAGGCAGGCAACUUUCAGCAGAUAAGAAAUUGUUCAUUUACACUGUCGGUGAUGAAUCUGGCAAAAUUGUUCUGUAUAGAUUUCUGGGAGAGGAAAAUAAGGAAUUGAAACAACAGGUUAAGUGAGGCAAGCCAAAGCAAAUGUGGAGUAGCUGCAGUGGAGCAGCCUGCUGGCAGGGGAGUGCUGCAUGUACCCUGCAGAUGAAGACAGGUUUACUCUCAAGCUGCCAAGCUAUUCACACUGCUCCUGAAUGUGCUAAAGCACUGUAAAACACAUAAGAAAGUGAAACCAUAUAUGAUAUAGGACAAACUACUGAAGCUAUAUUGUCUUAUUCAACAGGAUACUACUGUUUCUGUAAGCUUCCUGCAGUGUUCUUAUUAAAGCCUGGAAGAGAACUCGUUGUUGAGCAAAUGGGAAAAGUGGAUACAUGAAGAAACUUCUGACAUGGCAGUUUUGCUAACACUGUGUGGAAGUAAUGCUGAAGUAGUGAGACUACAGUCAGUUAAUGCUGCUUUAACCAGGUUUAAAAGUGUGACUGGCUUCUCUGAUCUUGUGCUUUCUUAUUUUACCUGUGCAUGACUAGCUGUAUCUAAUUUGGUUUGUACUUUUUAACAGUUUAGCUUUGGUUUUUAUUUCUACAACUGUGAGCAACAUUAUUACAAACAAGGGGUUUUGGGCAUGUUUACUGACUUUGAUUUUUAUUCCCCCCGCCUACCCUUGGUCCCAAGAUGAAUGUCAUAUGAUGAAACAUAGUCAUUGUUUCAGUUGCUUUAGCUUUUAUUUAAGGUGAUAUCACUUGCUCAAAUCGCAUUCUUUACUGAUAACUUAACUAAUUUGAGUUUCUGUCACGAUAAAACUUCCUAUAUUUUAUAAAAAUCAUACAGAAACUGGGUGGUUUAGGUGCUAAGAGUUAUCUACUCUGUGAUGUUAUCUGGUGUGAGACAUUGCUAAGUGGACUUAUCUUUGUGAAUUAGAGACUUGUGUCUAUAUACUCACAUACAAAUCAGCUUAUUUAUUAUUUUAGCACAGAAAAGUUCUAUUGUACUGGAAUAUAACGUUUAGUUGAGAGUAAUGUAUUGAAGUUACGAAUUGAGUUGUGAAGGCACAAGAAAAAGCUAAGUAGAAGAAAGGUCAAUUUACUUGAAUAACUUGGUGCCUUUCUGCAUAUUGUGACUGCAUUGUAGAAAACACCUGUACAAAGACUUAAGUAAUAUCCUGAUUAUUGCAUUGUUCUAAUGGCAGCAUGGACUGACAACAGUUGUUAAAAUAACCACUUAAUUUAAACACAUUUGUAAGCCUCAGAAGGAAAACAGUGUCUCUUGUAUUAGUAAAGCCUGUCAUUGCAUUUGCAUUGGAAGGGGAAGUUAAAAAUGUGAUUGUCUAAGAGCUUUCUAGCUUUCUGUUUUAUACUUUGAAAAUAUAAAUGUGAAUUGCCUUUCUCUUGGUUGACUUGAAAUGGCUGUUAAAUGCUCAUGUCAUUCUCAGUUGUUCACAUGUGAAAUUGUUUUUUUUAAUUAUUUGCUAUCCAAAAUGUAGUGGGUUAAAUAUGACUAGUCUUCCUUAUAAGUGUCUGAAAUAAUAAGUUGUUGUGGUGUUAGCAUUUAUAUUGCUGAUCCAUUUAAUAUCCACAUAGAUUAGUUAGAAUCCUCAUCUUUGUGAUGAUUGAGUUCACAAGGUUAACAAAAUUCUGGAGCUAAUAAGAAGCAACACAUUGCAAGGCUUCUGCAAGCACUGCCUUAACUCUAAUAAUAAUUACUUGCAUGUUUAAAAUCACCUUACCUGAUGAAUUUGGAUGGUCUCGAGACCUGGACAUAACUAUCUCAACUCAGGUAACUGAUAGCAAAGGAUGGGAGUAAAUUCAGCUGAUUGCCAGUUGUGUUAACAGUUUAGCUGCUGCCUUCUCUCCCAGGGCCUCAGGGUGAGAUGCUGAAUUUUCUUUAUAUGAACUUAGUUGCUUUAAGAACAAAACAAAAAUCAAGAUUACACUUUUGUGGCAUUAAAAAAGGCAGGGUUUUCAAAACUUGCUUGUUACAUGCAGGGAAAGUAAUUUUCUGCUCUGUCUUGGAAAUGGGUAGUGAGAGUUGCUUGGAGAAGAUGAUUAAAUAUUAUAGCAAAGAGAGACUUGUUUUCUCAGUAUUCACCUUAGAAGACUGUAAAUAGAAGGAGUUCUUUGCUUUGCUUUCCGAAGGGAUCUUUUCCCAUGCUGUGUAGAAACAUGCCUGUUACCUUUCUUUAAGGAUCUGAACAGCCAUCUACAAAGAUCUCUCUCGAAGAAAGACUUCAGACUUGCAUUGUAAUGAAUAUUGAAAAAAAAACCCCCAGCAACCUGAAAACAAAUAAUGGAUGUUUCUGCACAUAACUCUGGCCCUUGAAAGACUUCAUUCUAUUACUGCAGGAUUUGAAGAUGGGAGGUUCUUCAGCCUCCUUAAGAAGGAGAGGGAAGGAAAAAAAAAAAGCCAUUUCAAGAUCUUUGAAAGCCUACUUGUAACACUUGACUCCUUAAUAGACCUUAAGGACAGCGAUGGACUUUAAGUGUGUUCUGUUUCAAGCUUGGUGAGCAUAAAUUUUCCAGUGUUAAGAUCACAGAAAACUAUUGUCAUAACACUUGCCCCUUCCUUCCGUGCCUGAUGGUUUUUGUUGUUGGAGGGGUUUGUGAGUAGGUAUUUAGUCACGUGGUUUUAAUAGCUCUGUGCUGCCUGCCACUUUAGUACAGUUUUCUUCUGUUCACUGUUUAUUGCUCUGAAUUUUGUCUAGGCAGUCUAAAUCUCAUGUUGUCUUUUUUAAUACUUCACUUUCUGGAAAUAAUACAGUAGAUGGCUUUUAUUUUGUGACCAGCUUCUCUUAUGUCUUUGAGGGAAGAGACAGGGUGGAAACCGUUGUUGUUUGAGUACACUCUUCAUGGAAUUAAAAAACCCUCAUUGUUUUGUUUUAAGAAUAGCAGGAAUUUCUCUUUUUCCCCCUGCCCUUGAAUGAGGAUGUGGAACUAGUGUCUAUUUCUAAGGAAUAUAUUAAUGUUGACCUUAUUUAUACUGUAGUUUCACAAGGACCAUCUAAUGUGUGUAUGUGCACAUGUAUGUACACAUGCAACCACAAUUAUUAGAAACCUUUAAAUGUAAUUAUUACUAAGUGUGGGUAAGAAAUGAAUUUUUAAACUACUGAAGAUGGAAUUAAAUUCAAAUGCAUUUUAAGUCUGUAGUCUUUGGAGUCCACGAUGGUGCUUCUGACAAUGUUAUCCCAUACCUAAAAGCCUCAUUCAUAAGUAUAUAUUAAGAUGUAGGUAUGUUUAUAUAUAUGUUUAACAUAGUUUAUAUAAAAUCAAUGUAAAUUUUGUUUCUACAGAUAAUAAAUGUUUUCACAAAA